GCGCUCAGAUUUUUAUGACGAAGAUGUUUUUAUAAAUCCCGACGGCACAGAGCUACCUGAUGAUGGCCAUAGCGGUGUAGAUAACGCUCAUAUGGUUGCCAAUCAUCAUGCACUCCGCUCCCGUGACAAUAUCUACGAGUAUCGUGAUUCUCCAUCAUUCAAGACUUUGGGCAGUAAAAUCCAUAUUGAAACAACAUUAAUUCGAUCUCCUAGUUCCUUGGCCAUGACACAUAAACCAGGAAGCCAGUCCUCUCUGAAAUCAGCGAUUUCGCUAAAGGAAACGAAUGACGGAACGUUAAGUAGCACCUACAGCAGCACACGGCCUUCACGCUUGGGCACAAUCAAUAAUAGUGCUACACCAACUACACAAAAGCCGAAGAGUGUAGAGGAAAAACGUCUAUUAACAUGUGAGCCACCAACGCCAAUAUCGAGCGCACCACUUAUUGCGACUACAACUACCACAAUCUCAGAAACUCCGGGACUUACAAGUUCCAAGCUCAAAGCAGCGCCCACUGGGACUAUGAGCAGUCGCAGUACAACACCAGUGCCUAGCGCUCGCAACUACCCGCAUACCACCACAGCGACAAUAAGCUCUGCACCACAAUUGCAACGCUCCCUACUCCCACCCACAUCAGCCACUCAAGAAGCGUCACAGCCCCACGCCCGGACACAAGUUAUUGAAGGUGUGCCCCAAACAUCGGUUUAAGAUGCAGCUCUCUAAGUGAGUUAGUGAAUGGCAUACUCAUUUAGAGAGUAUACAUAGAGAGUUUUCCUAAUUUAUAAAAUAAGGUAUAGUUUGUACAUUUGUACGUACAGUGAGAAAAAAAUCAGCCAAAAAUUGGUUAAUAUUACCAAAUUUAAACUUGAAAAGGAAUCAAGGUGAUUUUUUUGUUUAAUAUUAACAAUGCCAUUGGUGAUAUCAAUCACACUUUUGUUUACCUAAAACAGAUUUUUGUUGCCAACUUUUUCGUUUGAAUACGCUUAUGUUUUGCACUUAAGAGAUGCUUUUUGAUAUUUCGGAAACUCAAAAAAAAAAACAUUCUUUAUCGCUUUAACCAUGUUGUCUCCGACGGCAUUCUAACUCGAACCUGCUAGAAGCUAGCAAAUAACAGCAAACAUCUCUACACGAUUUGCUCCAGUCAGACAUUCAAACGUGUUUUCACAUGUUCAACUUUAAUCACAUUUCUACAAUCGUCGACAUCGCUGGUUACAUAUGUGCAUCAGUUAUGCUCAAAACAGCACCCGCGGGUGAAAUUCUUCAAAGCUCUCUGCAGAUUUUGGUAUCGGCGAUGGGCAGAGAGAGCUUUUAUUCUGCAUGCGACUAUACAAAAUAUAUAUAAAGCUCAAAAGAGCUUUGCCCGCGGGCAAGGCGGUGCCCAUCACCGUUUUAUAUGGAUGCGCUCUCUGAGCAUCACUCAUAUCAUAUUCGAUCGAAUCAAAAAUAAUCAUUCAAAAACUCAUGAAUCUACAAAAUCGCAUUUUCUGACCUAAAUCGAUAGGUCGUGACCUCUAAAUGACCUUUGAAAAUCUAUAAAAAUAGGCAAUAAUAUUUCCCUUAAAACGAUAAAACGAUAACGGGUAGGGUCUUGAAAUUUUCAAAAAAACACAUUUUCGAUGGGCACCCUAAUGUACAUGCAUAUCAGGGAUGCCAACUCAUUUUUUCUUUCUCCCCGUUGGCCACCGCGAAAUUCUACGAUUUUCGGUGGAAUUCCCCGGACUGGCAUGAUUCCAUACUAAGAAAACUAAAACUUUGUAGUCCAGUUCCUUGAAUUUAUUAACGAAUGUUGCUAUUAAAUGAAAAGGAAUGACCGUUUGCUACGUUUAUACGUAAGCUAUUCGUAAAAAAAAAGAAUUCUGAAAGUACCUAACUCACUGUUUGUACAAGGGUGAAAAAUUCUUAUUCAACGUUGCCUGAUUAUAAAAUUUCAAUAAAAUGAUCAUCGAAAAUUAAAAUAAACUUUCUUCCAAAUACAAAAAAAUCGCUCAUAAUUUUUAUUU